CAUGGGACAGAAACGGGUGAAAGGUACUUUGCUGCUUGGGUUCGGGAGCAGACCGAUGGCUAUAUGAAGUAGAGAUUGUUUCUAAUAGAAUGAUGAACAUGAACAGAUUAAUCGUCUCUCGAACCUUUCGAAUCGGACAGCGGCUGCUUGGCUGUCACACGAGGCGUGCUGGGCAAGAAGAGCUGAGACUACAGCAGCGGAGGAGCAUUAAAACUCACUGCAGACACCUGGCGUACUCUAAAAAGGCCUUUUUUGUUCUCCAGGCUGAGGUCUUCCCUUAUCCAGAAAUUGGAAAUGAUGAGGUGGAGGAGAUAAAGCAGCUUGUUGCACCGGUAGAGAAGUUCUUCAGUGAUGAUGUUGACUCAGCAAAAAUUGACAGAGAGGCCACAAUUCCCCUGGAGACUCUGCAGGGGUUGAAGGAUCUCGGGCUGUUUGGAAUCAUGAUUCCUGAAGAAUACGGGGGUCUUGGAUUAUCCCACACCAUUUAUGCACGACUGAAUGAGAUCAUCGCCUUAGACGGCUCCAUCGCCGUCACACUGGCUGCUCAUCAAGCCAUUGGACUGAAGGGGAUCCUGAUAGCAGGCAAUGAAGCCCAGAAGAAAAAGUAUCUGCCCAAGCUGUCCUCAGGGGAGCACAUCGCAGCUUUCUGUCUGACAGAGCCCGGAAGUGGCAGUGAUGCAGCCUCCAUUCAGACCCGUGCAACCCUGUCUGAAGAUGGAAAACAUUACCUGAUCAACGGCUCCAAGAUCUGGAUUUCAAACGGAGGCAUGGCGGACAUCAUGACCGUGUUCGCCAGGACUGAGGUGGAAGUAGAUGGUGUAAAGAAAGACAAGAUAUCUGCAUUCAUCGUGGAGAGGGCUUUUGGAGGGAUCGCCAGCGGCAAGCCUGAGGACAAACUGGGCAUCAGGGGAUCCAACACCUGUGAGCUGUCCUUCGAUAAUGUCCCAGUACCAGUAGAGAACGUGAUCGGAGAAAUUGGAGGUGGAUUUAAGAUCGCCAUGAACAUCCUGAACUCGGGGAGGUUCAGUAUGGGCAGCUCCUGUGCUGGAAUGAUUAAAAAGCUGAUCGAGCUGACAUCUGAGUAUGCCGCUACCAGGAAGCAGUUUAACAAAAGCCUGAGUGAGUUUGGUAUGAUCCAGGAGAAGUUUGCAAUGAUGGCUCUCAAUGCCUUCGUGAUGGAGAGCAUGGCAUACCUGACAGCAGGGAUGAUGGACAGACCGGGCGUUCCAGACUGUUCUCUGGAGGCAGCCAUGGUCAAGGUGUUCAGCUCGGAGGGAGGCUGGAUUUGUGUGAGCGAGGCUCUUCAGGUGCUCGGAGGUCUGGGUUAUACCAAGAACUAUCCCUUUGAGCGCUUCGUCAGGGACUGCCGCAUCCUGCCCAUCUUUGAGGUACUCAUACAUAAGUGUUUAAACUCUGAGGGGUCGCUGGAGCCGAUCCCAGCUGUCCCAGCUGAGGCAGGGUACACCCUGGACAGGACGGGGAAAGAUGGAGUGGUGCAUCCCAGCUUGGAAGACAGUGCAAAGAAGCUGGAGCAGAACAUCAGCCUGUUUGGGUCGACUGUGGAGAGCCUGCUCUACAGAUAUGGAAAGACCAUAGUGGACGAGCAGCUCGUCCUGAAGAGGGUGGCAGACGUGCUGAUCCACAUGUACGCUAUGACAGCCGUCCUGUCCAGAGCGAGCCGCUCCAUUAGCAUCGGCCUCAGGAAUCACGACCACGAGGUGCUGCUUGCAAACACAUUCUGCAACGAUGCCUUCUUUAAGAACAAUUACUGGAUGGUUCAGCUGCAAAAACACUCUCCUGAGAACAACGAUGCCAACAUCAAGAAGAUUGCCAAACAGGUCCUGGAGAACAGAGCCUACAUCUGCUCUCACCCUCUCGAAAGAACUUACUGAGCUCUGCGCUGAGACCAUAAUACUGUUUCCUGUAUUCUGAUUGGACUAUUCUGACCAGUCCCAAUGAUGCGUCUCCAAUCUUGUAUUAGUGGUUGUUUGUACAUUCAGUAAAACAUGAAGAGAUUAAUAUUAGCCGUUUUAUAUUAAUAAUAACUUCAGUGGGUCAGACUUCUACUCUGAUGACUUUACAUGAAACUCAAUCCUAAGUGCUUUUUCACUUUAAUGCUGUAAUGAAUAAUUUUGCAGGAUAGCAGUUUUAAUGAGCCUGUUUGGACACCAGGUUUUCCUGAAUGGCUGACUUUUACUGUUUAAUGCUACUUUUGAAACCUGAAGAUGCUCCUCUCCCUGUCUGUCAGAGGCAGGGCAGUCCGCUUGUACAAAAAUGAAUGCUGCUCACAGAAUCCACUGUAAGAGGCAACAUGAAAAAAAAAAAGAAUAUAUUACUUCAGAAAUCUUUCAUUUCUCCAGCAUUUGUCUUUUCAAACAGCACUUGAGCUCACUUGUAGUGGUACUUGCUGUACUGAGAGUUGUGUCUGGGAAAGGCGUUUCUUCCCAGGCUGCAGGCCAUGCAUGGGCCUGGAGUCAGAGGCACUUUCUCCCGUUCCUCUGCUUUGUCGUCAGCAGCGUUCAUCACGGACAGUUGAGGAAAAGGCUGUGAAACAAAAUGCAGCUCUUGGCUCAAAGAUUUCCUCAGUUAGGUGCGAGAAGAGCCACGAUGAUAAAAGGAAAAACAAAUAUACAAGAUGUAAACUAAACGUGUAGAAUAAAUGGCCUUUAAAGUUG